UCCAAUCACACCAUGGCGGCAGUGCAAACUCCAUCCGUACACACACACACCUGUGAAAUAUCACAUCAGCGGUAGUGCAUCAUAUUUUGUGCUAAUGUAAAGACAGAAUGAAGAAAGUAGUGUUGGUAACCGGUGCAAACAGUGGUAUUGGUCUUGCCCUGUGUGAACGUCUACUGAGUCAGGAUGCCCAGCUGCAGCUCUGUCUGGCCUGCAGGAACAUGCAGAGAGCUGAGGCUGCCCGCCAGGCUCUUCUUGUGUCUCAUCCUCAGGCUCACGUUUCUCUGCUACACUUAGACGUGGGUAACAUGCACUCGGUUGUCACGGCUGCUGAAGAGUUCAAGAGGAAGUACAACAGAUUGGACUAUCUGUACCUCAAUGCUGGAAUCAUGCCUAACCCCAAAGUAGACCACAAGGCUUUUUAUAAAGGCUUGUUUUCCAGAAAUGUGGUUCGUAUGUUUGCUACGGGUGAGGGUAUUCUGACUCAAGAAGAUAAGGUCACACCCAUUGGUUUGCAGGAGGUGUUUGCCACUAAUCUUUUUGGUCAUUUUCUCCUGGUGAGGGAGCUGGAGCCCUUAUUGUGUCAGGCAGACCGGAAUUCUCUAGUGAUCUGGACGUCCUCCAGUAAUGCUCAACGAACAGCCUUUAGCCUGGAUGACAUCCAGCACCAGAAAGGCCGUGAGCCCUACAGCUCAUCGAAAUAUGCGUCUGACCUGCUUAGCCUAGCAUUAAACCGUCGCUACAACAGCCAAGGUUUGUAUUCUUCAGUGAUAUGCCCUGGAUUGGUGAUGACGAACCUUACUUAUGGCAUUUUACCCUCAUUCUUCUGGACCCUUAUCUUGCCAAUAAUGUGGCUGAUAAGGAUAUUCACCAAUACUUUUACCCUUACUCCUUAUAAUGGAGCAGAAGCAUUGUUUUGGCUGUUCAUGCAGAAACCUGAGUCACUGGACCCGAUGGCUAAAUACCACAGUUUGACCUCUGGGCUUGGAAACAAUUACACCCAGCCACACAAGAUGGAUAUUGAAGAAAACAUGUCAGAGGCUCUCUAUGUAAAGUUGUUAGAACUGGAAGAUACAGUGCGGGAGAAACUAAAAGAGGAGCAUAUCAAAUCAAAAAGCUUUGAGGCACAUUGAGGACAAAAAUGAAAGCCCAAAUCUGUCAUGUAUUUUAUCAUUUUUUUUAGGCUUCUCCCAAAGUGCUUACUUAAAAGGAAAACUGGUAACAUUUUACAAUAAGGUUUGUAUUUGUUAACAAUCAGUUAAUGCAUUAGCUUACAUGAACUAUCAAUGACAAAUACUUUACAGCAUUUAUACAUCUUCGAUCAUGUCAAUUUCAGCACUUACUAAUACAUUUUUAAAGCGAUGUAACUGUCAACAUUAGUUAAUGCACCAUAAACAACAUGAAUAACUGUAUUGACAUUAACUAACAUUAACAAGAAUUUAUAAAUGCUAAAAAACUACACUCACCUAAAGGAUUAUUAGGAACACCAUACUAAUACUGUGUUUGACCCCCUUUCGCCUUCAGAACUGCCUUAAUUCUACGUGGCAUUGAUUCAACAAGGUGCUAAAAGCAUUCUUUAGAAAUGUUGGCCCAUAUUGAUAGGAUAGCAUCUUGCAGUUGAAGAAGAUUUGUGGGAUGCACAUCCAGAGCACGAAGCUCCCGUUCCACCACAUCCCAAAGAUGCUCUAUUGGGUUGAGAUCUGGUGACUGUGC